CGGCGGGAUGUGAUACUUCAUACAGAGGGAGAGAGAGAGAGUGAGUCAGUCACACCUGCGAAGCACCACACGUCUCCUAGAGCCACCAUGAAGCUGGUAAUCGUGCUCUGCGCCUCCAUGCUGCUCUACCUGUCAGCUUUCAGUUCCCCAGUGAACGCCACCCCAGCCCCCUACCUGCCCACAUGUGACACGGAGCACCCGGGCUUGUGCACCAAGGACUACAAUCCGGUGUGCGGCACGGACGGCAAGACCUUCGCCAACGAGUGCAGCUUCUGUCUUGAAUACGGGGCUUCCGGCCCAGUGCUCAUUGCUCACGCCGGAGAGUGCUGAGGACUGAGCCGCCCAUCCGGCGAGGAGCUGCAGGGGGUGGGUGAGGUGGGGUGGCAGGUGCUGGGGGCACUCACACAGACAACAUACUAAUAAACAUGUAUUAAGCACACA